UGCAGAUCUCUUUUCUCUUCUUCCUCUUCACUAAACCUUCUUUCUUCAGCAGCCGAGAGCUCCAACCGAUUUCUUUACCUUAUACAUAUCUGUAUACAGUCAGCCCGAAACCUAGUUGCAGAUCUCUCUUCUCUUCUUCCUCUUCACUAAACCAGAUCUCUCUUCUCUUCUUCCUCUUCACUAAACCUUCUUUCUUCAGCAACCGAGAGCUCGUUCUCUCCUCCUUCUUCAGCAGUCGAGAGCUCGUUCUCGAGAGCUCGUUCUCUCCUCCUGGCUGGAGAGUCAUUUCUGAGCUUUAGAUUAUUUUUAAGUGAAGAAUAGAAUGGAUGAUAGAGUUAUGUUGAAAGUGUAUUAUUUUGGUCAAAUUUUAUUACAAACAGUUGAAGGAGUGAAAUUUGUAUGUGAGAAUCCAUUAGAUAUUGUUAUUCCAUUUACAAUCUCAUUUGAAGAAUUAAAAGGUGUGAUUUCUGAGAAGAUAGAUUUUCAAAUGUCAAGGAAAGUGUCAUGUAUUUUAUAUAGGUAUCCUAUAUUGGUAUUUGGUAGAUUUGUUCAAUUUCAAACCAAAUAUAUAACUGAUGAAGCAAGCAUGCAAGAGAUGUUUUCCAUGUAUAUUAAAAGUCGUUCUCAAAUAUUGUUCAUUGAGUUGUACAUUCAGUUCGAACAAUCUGAAGCAGAUCGAAAUAUUGAACAGGAAGAUUAUGAUAGUGAUAGUGAGGAAGAGUUUGAAAGCAACUACGAAGCCGUUGGUGUAGAUAGAGACGAAGAUCAAGCUGAUGGCACUGUGGAGGCAGAAGUGGUAAAUGCACUAGCAAACCAACAUCGGUUUGAGGAACCAUUUUCCAUGCGUGCGCUAGAUUUGGAGGCUAUGCAUGCACCAGAGUUUCCUGAAUAUAUGAAUUCAGAUUUGUUUGUGGCGGAUGGUGAAUUUGCCAUGGGAAUGGAAUUUAGCUCCAGAGAAGCAGUCAUUGUGGCGAUAAAAGAUUAUGCCAUCCGUAGAGGUGUAGAUUAUCGGGUGUAUGAGUCGAAACCGUUGACAUUUUAUGCCAAGUGUACACAAUAUGGGUCAGGUUGUGAUUGGCUGAUCAAGGUUUGUAUGAUCCGUAGAAAGUACUGUUGGGUUAUAAGGAGGUAUAAUGGUAGUCACACUUGUACCAGAGCCACCAUUUCUCAAGAACAUUCGAAACUGGAUUCUAACACAAUUGCAGAAGCAAUAAAGCCGUUAGUAGAGCAUGACCCCUCUUUGAAGGUGAAAUCAGUUAUUGCGGAAGUACAGUCAAAGUUCAACUACACAAUCAGUUAUCGGAAAGCAUGGUUGGCAAAACAAAAAGCGGUAGAAAAAAUAUUUGGGGGUUGGGAAGCAUCGUACGAAACUUUGCCGAUAUGGUUUGAGGCCAUGUGUCACAAGGAGCCAUCAGCUUUUGUUCACUUUGAAACUAUGCCUGUAUAUCAGGGUGAUGACUUGGUUACUGAUAUCCGAGUAUUACAUCGAGUCUUCUGGAGUUAUUACCCUUGUAUUAGAGCAUUCAGACAUUGCAAACCAGUUGUCCAGAUAGAUGGGACACAUUUAUAUGGAAAAUAUAAGGGUUGUCUGUUAGUUGCAGUUUCACAGGAUGGUAACAACAACAUCGUACCUAUUGCAUUUGCGAUCGUGGAGGGAGAGACUUCUGACGCGUGGCACUUUUUUCUCAGUAACUUGCGACAACAUGUGGUGACUCGGGAUGGUGUUGGACUUAUUUCUGACAGACACGAUUCCAUCAGUUCAGCUAUUUCCCGUAGUAACGGAGCUUGGUCCCCUCCUAGAGCCUUUCACAUGUUCUGCAUCAAAAAUAUAGAGUCGAACUUCUUGAGGAAGUUCGGGGCACCAUACUUGCAAAAGCUCAUCGUCAACAUAGGAUAUUCGAAGACGGUACGCGAAUACGAUUUACAUUACCAGCGUUUACGAGAAAGGGGUGAGGCUUACACCCAAUGGUUAAACUGUAUUCCACGUGAACAGUAUGCGUUGGCAUUCGACGGUGGUUACCGAUGGGGUCAUAUGACCAUGAAUCUGGUGGAGUGCAUCAAUUCAGUCUUGAAAGGUGCUCACAAUCUCCCUGUGACUACACUAGUAAAGGAAACCUUUCACAAGCUUAAUGAGUUGUUUACCAGGAAAAGAGCUGAGGCUGAGGAUCGCAUUAGUGCUGGUCAUAUUUUUUCUGAGCAUGUGACCUCAAAAUUGCAUGCAAACCAACGUGCAUCAGGGAAUAUCCAGGUUAAUUGUUUUGACAGGCAGAGCCAGGUAUUUGAAGUGCGUGAGAUGCCUAGUGGGGUGGAGUAUAAUGUUGACUUAGGUCGUCAACGGUGUGACUGCGGCGAAUUUCAACUGGACCGGAUUCCAUGUCGACAUGUAUUUGCUUGUUGUGCGAACCAACGAUUAGAUUGGCAAGUGUAUGUUCAUGAAGUUUAUAAGAUGGACCAAGUUCGAAGAGUAUACAGAGCUAGGUUUAGGCCUCUAGGGGAUCCCGCAACAUGGCCUGCUUAUCAUGGACCUCGAUUUGUACCAAAUCCAUCCCUCAGACGAGUUACAAAAGGUCGCCCAAAAAUGACACGCUUCUUGAAUGAAAUGGGCACUCGAAUGUUGCAUGCUCCUAGGCGUUGUAGACAAUGUGGUGGUGAGGACCACAAUCGUAGUAGAUGCCGCCAAUGUGAAGGUGCCAGUGCCGAUCCUACUGGGCAGUAGACUUAUGUUAUAUUUGCAUUAUGUCAUUUGUAUUUUUAUAUUUGUAUCAGCAACUACUCUAAUAUUUUUAUAUUUGCAUAUUUCAUUCAGCAACUACUCUACUACAUUUGUAUCUUUAUAUUUGCAUCAGCAAAUACUAUAUCACAAAUCCAUUAUCAUAAUA